GAGGUGGGCUGCGGCACCGGGGCCAACUUCAAGUUCUAUCCCCCCGGGUGCAGGGUCACUUGUAUCGACCCCAACCCCAACUUCGAGAAGUUCUUGUUCAAGAGCGUCGCAGAGAACCGGCAGCUGCAGUUCGAGCGCUUCGUGGUGGCAGCCGGGGAGGACAUGCACCAGGUGACCGAUGGCUCUGUGGACGUGGUGGUCUGCACCCUGGUGCUGUGCUCGGUGAACAACCAGGAGAAGAUUCUGCGCGAGGUGUGCCGAGUGCUGAAGCCGGGAGGGGCUUUUUACUUCAUGGAACAUGUGGCAGAUGAACGGUCCACCUGGAAUUAUUUCUGGCAGCAGGUCCUGGAUCCUGUCUGGUUCCUUGUUUUUGAUGGAUGCAAUCUGACGAGAGAGAGCUGGAAGACCCUAGAGCAGGCCAGCUUCUCGAAGCUGAAGCUACAGCACAUCCAGGCCCCGCUCUCCUGGACAUUGGUGAGGCCCCACAUCUAUGGAUAUGCUGUGAAAUAGAGUUAGGUGGUGGGAGAUUUGCGGUCUGCUCCACGCUGGUUCCAGGCUUCUGUUUUAGAUGUAAAAUUCUAACUGGAAGAGGUGAAAAUCAAAUUCAUCCCUACAGGUUUCUGUUUAGCCAUUUUCUAUAUUGUUUUGUACCGAAUCAAAAUCAAAUCAGAGCAGCUUUGAACUCUCCCUCCAAAGGGACCAAAGGUCUCUCAUAGGCCUUUGAAAAGGAAGCAGUGGGGGAAACUUACAGCUUGCAAACCGAAUAAAUAAAUCCCAGUGGGAUGGAAAA